ACUAUAUAACCAACAUCUUCCCGAUCGCGCUCAAACGUUGGAUUCUCUGUUUUCUAAAUGCAUUGACCACUGAUUGGCAAUGCCGGCGUGUCAGUUUAAUACGAUUUUGUGUUGGCUGCUUUUUACGCUACCAAUAGUGUCAGCCACCAAUAUCCGCCUUAUGGGCGGAAAGACGCCGUACUCUGGUCGAGUGGAGGUAGAGCACAACGGAGUAUGGGGAACAGUCUGUGAUGAUGAGUUCACUGUCAACAGCGCCAAGGUCGUCUGCAGGAUGCUCGGAUUCACGGACAUGGGGUUAGCAGAAGUUGUCCCGCCACGCGUGUUUGGCCCAGGAAGUGGAGUUAUCAUGCUAGACGGCCUCAACUGUACUGGUCACGAAGAAGACGUUGCAAACUGCUCGCAUAAUAGUUGGCAAACUACUGAUUGUUCACACAAAGAAGACAUCGGGGUCAACUGCCAAACACACUUGCGAUUGACAUCCGGUAAUGCCAUAACCAUACACGACGGUCAGGUGGAGGUGAACAUUUCUGGGGUCUGGGAACCAAUCUGUUCCGACAACUUCACCUUAUCAGAAGCCAGGGUCGUCUGCGGAAUGAUUGGAUUCAGUUUCAAUGGAGCACAGCUCACGUCAUCACAUACCUACCGAAAUACAUUCUCUCCGAUAUCCUACUCAUGCCAUGGAGCAGAAAAAGACAUUUCCUUGUGUGUGAGAAGGAAUACUAGCACGUGCUUUUUAUCCUCUGCGGCGUCCAUAAACUGUCGAACUCCAAUUCGGCUAGUGAACGGCACCAGUUCCCAGUCAGGACGUGUUGAGGUGGAGUACAGAGGUCGCUGGGGGACGAUAUGCGAUGACGGCUUCGAUGACCUUGAAGCAAAAGUCAUCUGUCGCAUGCUUGGUUUUAGCACAAAUGAUGCCAAAGCCUUGGGCGGAAGUAAUUAUGGUGAAGGCACAGGGGAUAUAGUAGUGAACGAAAUGCGUUGUAUUGGUAACGAAAAUGACAUUUCUGAAUGUAAAUCAAGCGACUGGAUGUCUCAAUCGAACUGCAAACAUAUGGAAGAUGCAUCGGUUGAAUGCAAAACGGAAGUUCGUUUAUCAGAUGGACCCACAAGGUAUGCAGGUCGACUCGAAAUACAGAAUAAUUCUGUUUGGGAGACAGUUUGCUCUGACCUCGUAGAUAACAAGACGGCAGUGGUCGUGUGCAGGAUGCUAGGGUUUGAAGGAGGAAACAUAAGUGUUUAUUACGAUGGCCGUUUCAAAAAUGGUAGCGGAUCGAUGAAAUCGCAUGGAUACGACUGUCAAGGGAACGAGACCGAUAUUGCGAAUUGCAAAUCAACAAAAACUAUCGUUUCAUGCUCUACAAGACUUAGCGCUGCAUUUAAUUGUUAUUCGAACACACCAAUAAGGCUUCAGGACGGGACGACGAUGUUUAAUGGAAGAGUUGAGAUUUACGAACGAGAAAACGCAGCAAACGGGUACUGGAGGGAAAUUUGUUACGAUCAAUUGACUAUCCAGGAUGCGAUGGUUUUGUGUAAAAUGCUUGGGCAUCCUAAUGUGCAUCCGAGAACAUUUAACGCGUACAGUCAAUAUAAUUCUUAUGGAAGGUUUUCUGCAAUGAGCAGUAUUGGUUGCACCGGUAACGAAACGGACAUAAGUGGAUGCACACCCAGCAACCAAUGGGCAUUGACAUACUGUAGCACAAGCAAUCGUGCUGCAAUUAACUGUGCUCAAAAAUCCACUGUCAGGGUCGCAGAUGGACCUUCAAUAAAAGCUGGAAGAGUCGAGAUCUUGUAUAAUGGAACUUGGCUGGGAAUCUGUCGUCAACGAUUAAUCAAUUAUAAUUAUUACGACAUCACGGCACAUGAUAUAAACAUUAUUUGUAAACAUCUGGGCUACAAUCAAAGUGGGUACUUGAUGAGCGAAGUACAGCCACGCAGCAAAAGUGUCGUUCGGAACCUUGACUGUAGCAGUACAGAAGGGGACAUCUCAGAUUGUAAAUCUGACACAUGGGGUGUUGAGUAUCCGUGUGACCAGGCAGCCAUAGUAUGCAACAGUAGCGUCCGUCUAGUGAACGGCAGCAGUGAGAGAUCCGGUCGUGUGGAAGUGCUGCACCAGGGACGCUGGGGAACCAUCUGUGCUGACGAAUUUACAAACAGAGAGGCUGCUGUUGUCUGCAGAAAAGCUGGCAUACGACUUUGGAAUGCAUCAGUUCUCGACGAUUCCCCAUUCGGGUUUGGUAAUCAUGGAAACCUUUUAAAAAACGUUUCGUGCAAAUCAAGCGAGCACGAUAUAGGGGAGUGUCAGAGUUUCCCAUGGAAUGAAACAUCCUGCGUAGAUGGAAACGUGGCAACUGUUUUUUGUCAAGUACUCGAAACACCAAUUCGUCUUCUGGGAGGCAAAACACCGUUCGACGGGCGGGUUGAGUUGCAAUUUAAAAAUGACUGGAAACCAAUAUGUUAUAGGGGUUAUAAUGGAAAGAUCAGCACAGACGUACUUUGCCAUUUGCUAGAAUAUAAUUUUUCAAGAGAUUCAACCUAUACAACCAACUCUGAUUAUUCCAACUCCUUGCUGAGAGACCUGCAAUGCGUUGGAAAUGAAUCUGACAUCUCGCUAUGCCCUUCCUCGGACUGGGGAUACACUUAUUGCAGCUACUAUGGACUCACAAUCAAUUGUUUGUCUCCUAUAAACAUUGAUGGCGGUUUUACUCAGCAUGGGGGAUAUGCACGUGUGCAGAAGAACGGACUUAGCGAUUAUAUGUGUGCUGAUAAUUUAACUGCAGAGACCCAGGCUGUUAUGUGCAAAAUGCUGCUUAAUGUCACCAGGGUUUAUGAAGUAGUGAAGGAACCGUACUUCAAGCCUGGAUUCGCCACCAAUAUAUUAGUAGAUAAUAUCCUAUGCAGCGGUACAGAGGAAGACUAUCAGAUGUGUCCAUCUUCGAAUUGGGAUUAUAAUACUAAAUGCAAGAAUCCAGCGCUAAUAAGAUGCAAUACACCAGUGCGUCUUACGGAUCAGAAGAACAUGUAUACAGGGACUGUUGAGGUCUACUUAAACAAAACUUGGUCAAAUAUAUGCUUUCAUCCAAUACGAAAGGAUGAACACGCGACAAUGUUCUGUAGAAUGUUGGGAUACAAUUACGGACUGGCAAACGCUCGCAACGUGACUGCAUACAUUAAAUCUAAUCUGAACCUGACUUGCAAUGCUAACACUGAAGACAUCGAUAAAUGUGUGAGCAUAAAGAAGAGCUUCUGUGACUCGAUUCUGGCUAUAACAUGUCAGAAAGACGAGUUAGUUGGUUAA